AUGUCUUUCGACCAGCUCUCCUCAUUGGAGUCGCAGCCGCGGCCGUCCGCCUACGCCGACGACCCGGAGUUCGACCGCCUGUCGCAGGACAUGAUGAACAAGCUCUUCACAUUAGCGGGCAACACAUCGAGGCUGCGCACCGAGAUCGGCCACCUGGGCACGCGUCGAGAUACGGCCCGCGUGCGGGAGCGCGUGCACGAUCUGAUCGACGAGUCGAGCGAGACCCUCAAGGCGGUGGGGGAGGGCGUCAAGAAGGUGCAGACGUGGAGCGAGGGCACCGGCGAGGAGCUCACGCCCGCCCAGAAGUACAAGCAACAGAAGCUGUUCCGCGAGUUCAGGUCGUCGCUGGAGGAGUUCCAGGGCCUGCAACGGCAGGCGCUCGAGAAGCAGCGGGCGUCGGUGUCGGCGGCACGGGCGGCUGCUCACGACGAAGAGUCUGGCGGUGACACGGUGCCGCUGAGCCCCACCGGCCAGCAGCAGCAGCAGCUGAUGCAGCAGGAGCUGCGGCUGGCGCCCCAGGACGAGGUGGACUUCCAGGAGGCGUUGAUCGCCGAGCGCGAGACGGAGAUCCAGAACAUCGAGCAGGGUGUCGGCGACCUCAACGUGCUGUUCCAGCAGGUCGCACAGAUCGUCACCGAGCAGGGCGAGCAGCUGGGCGGCAUCACCGAGAACGUCGAGCGCACCCACGAGGACACCCGCGGCGCCGACCGGGAGCUGCGCCAGGCUGCGCGGUACCAGAAGAAUGCGCGAGGCAAGGCGUGCUGUCUCUUGCUGGUCCUGUCGGUCAUUCUUACGAUUAUAGUGCUGGCUGUAGUCCUUGGGUAG